AUGGCUCGCGGUAACCAAAGAGAACAGGCUCGUGCAAAGAACUUGAAGAAGAAGGAGAAAGAGCAAAAGGGCAAGACAAAUUUGAACGGACAAACCAUCAAUCAAAAGAAGGAAAGUGAUGCUGCCAUCAUGCGUGCUAAACAAGAGGCUGCUCUUGCCAAGAAACAAGCUGAAGCUGCUGCUGGAGGAACUACUGUCAAGAAAUAA